CCUUGAACGCAAAGGAAGUUUCUUCGUUGGAAAACGCUGUCUCCAAUUCACAUCUCUCUCUCCCUCUUUCUCUGUACAUAACAUACGUAUAAGUGUAUAUAUAUUAACACUAUAUUUCCUCUGUACACUCCCUUCGAUGGUCCUAUGAUCUUUAAUCUCCAUGGCCAAAAGUAAAGUCUCACGUGUCUUAGGGUUUCUUCUACGGAUCUCUCUUCUUCUUCUCUUCGUCUCUAUUUCUUCUCUAUUUGUUAGUUUCAGCUCUAUUUCUUCUCCGGUUAUUAUCUCAACGCCCUUUUACUACCAGCCGGGAAGAAGAGCUUUGGCGAUGAAAGAGUUUGACUUCACACCGUUCUUGAAAGAUCUUCAACGGAGUAAUCAUCAUCGGAAAGUAUCUCCCCCAGGAGGAUCAGAGAUCGACCCGAGAUAUGGAGUUGAGAAACGGCUUGUCCCAUCUGGUCCAAACCCUUUGCACCACUGAUUGUCUUCUUAUUUUUUCCUUUUAAUUAUUCUUUUCCCCACAAAGAUAUAGUAAAACACGUAUAUUAAUUACUAGAAAGAUUAAUUUAUAGUACGAAGCUAAUAUUCUUUCUUGGUACGUAUAUGUUCUUGAAUUAUUUUUUCUUUCUUUUGUCAUGUGAAGUUUUUUUUUCACUGUUUAUGUAAAUGUGUAAUGAUGAAAUUUAGUCAUCUUUUUACAUAUUUGUUUUUUACUUAAAUUAUUAUUUGGAGAAUAGGUUGUAAUAAUAAUAAAACAUCAUGGUUUGAUGA